UACUCCGAAUCGUCAUUGGGUUUGGUCAUUAGUCAUACCAUAUAUAAUGUCAUCCUAGUUUUCCAGAAUCAAUUCAGCCGUUGAUCGCCCAUGAUGUCCUAUUAUGAGACACGCAUAUCAGUGAUGCAGAAAGUUCUUUGGAUUAUCAUUUUUCUGAGUUAUCAAUGUUCUUCCACAGGAGAAGACUGUUUAAAAUCAGGAAACAAUAGCAAAUGCUGUGCAGACUUUUUUAUGAAAGAAGGAAAAUGCACCCCUUGUCCAAAUGGAUAUUUUGGACCAAAUUGCGAUUUCACAUGUCCCUAUCCUAGUUAUGGACGUCGGUGUGUGGAAGGAAACUGCGAUUGCCCGAAAGACUUAUGUAGCCCAGAAACCGGAUGUGUUUAUCAACCAAUCACUCAGAACUAUUUUGCCGACAUAUCCUUUGAAAAAAGCACAUCUGCAGAAGAGAAUAAUUUAAUAAUCACUGAACAAAAGAAUAAAUACAGUGGCGAUAAAUUUGAUUCCAAAAAGAGUGAGUCUUCAUCAACAGUGGUGGUUGUAAUUUCAGUCUUUUGCAGUCUUAUUAUUAUAUCGCUUGUUAUUGUUAUGGUACUUCAAAUGAAAGGCAAAUUACUUUCGCACAAUCAAAUAUUUUUAUCAAACCGAAGAUCCCGAGUGAUCAGUCAACGUCAUGUUGAUACAUAUUGCGAGAUUGAUGAGAAAAACAUGGAAAAAACAGAAUGCAACAAAUUAGAUGUAGUUGAAAUUUAUGAAUCAAUCGAUUAUUCAAAUAAAAAUGAAAUAAAAUAUACAGAGCUUCCAAAGAGGAAAGGAGUUUCAAAUGAGAAGAGGAAGCUUAUGUCUACAAUUUUAAUGACGAAGAUCUUGGAUGAUGAUGAUGAUGAUGAUGAUGAUAUAAAUAUUGCUAUUCAACACGAUGUUAAAAGUGGAGAAAAGCAGGUUAACAGGACUGAACCCGAAAUACAAAUGAGAAAAGACAAGGUUGAUCUUGACACUUUCUCAAAAAGAAAGAGAAAGACCUCUAGCAACAUCAGCGGAUACAUCGAUAUGGAGAAGAAGGAUCCGAAAGAUUACGUGUCUAUGAAUGCUGAAAACAAAGGGUUAUAAACACAUUCUGAUCCAAACCUUUGAAGGAAUUACAGAUCAUAAUCUGCAAAUGUACAUAUUAAGCUGUAUGCCUAUCAAAAGAUUGUUCAACAUGUAUAUCGACAUUAAAUAAUGAAGUAACAAGAACGUAUAUAUUGUUGAAAAAUAUCAAGUUUUUAUUUCAAAAAUGAUUUAAAUUGUUUUGUAAGGUAGAUGUUAACCUACUAAUACAUCAAUUAACGUUGAUUAUUUUCUAAGAAUUAUGUACUAAUGUAAUCAUAUAAAUUAAGUACUUUCGGAUAGUUUAUUGAAAUAUAUUCUUAUCAAUGUCUCAAAGACAAUCAAAAACGAAUAUUACUACCAAUGAUUUUAAAAAAUAUAUUU